CCAGUGGUACUUGAACGCAGCACUUUCGGCAGCUAUUUUGUGUUUCUCUAAGCACCGGUACAGCUAACAGCGUCUACAACCGGGACUAUACAUCGAAAUGCCGGCGGAUUUGAGCCAGUGGACCGGGCCUCUCGCCCUGCAGGAGGUCGACGAGAAGCCGGCACAGCCUCUGACUGUUAAAUACGACUCUGUGGAAGUAGACGAGCUCGGCAAAGUGCUCACCCCGACACAGGUGCAGAGUAGACCCACCUGUGUCGAGUGGGAAGGAUGCGACUCCAGUAAGCUGUACACGUUGGCCCUGACCGACCCCGACGCUCCCAGCAGGAAAGACCCCAAAUUCAGGGAGUGGCACCACUUUCUGGUGGUCAACAUGAAAGGGAGCGACGUUUCCUCUGGCUGCGUCGUGUCGGACUACGUGGGCUCUGGUCCUCCCAAGGGCACAGGUCUCCACCGGUACGUGUGGCUGGUGUACGAGCAGCCGGGCAGCCUGUCCUGCACCGAGACCGUCCUCACUAACAGGUCUGGAGACGGCCGCGGCAAGUUCAAGGUGCAGAGUUUCAGGCAGAAGUACAACCUGGGAGCCCCGGUGGCGGGAACCUGUUACCAGGCCGAGUGGGACGACUACGUUCCCAAACUGUACGAGCAGCUCGCCGGAAAAUAAAUGAAGAGACUCGACUGUAGAGCGCUCAGCACUAGGAGCCCCCACGGAGGCUGGCGGUCUGGAGGAAAUUCCCGUUCUUGCAAAAAAAAAAAACAGUAACAAGCAUUUGUUUUGUGUGUGCCACUGAAUCCCGUUUUAUUUCCCACUGUUGCCUUCCCAUGCUGUGACAAAAAUAACUCCUUAAUGUCACCUGCAAUAAAUGUGUUAAAACACAGAAAUUGUUGCAUUAUGUUUUCUGAUCCUGUGGUGGAUGAUACAUGCUUGGAGCCUCCAUAACAUCUUAGUAUAUAUUAUUAUAUGGUGUUUCAUGAUAAAUGAUCAGUGAGAGGUUUUUCUUUUUCCUAUUGAGAUGUAAAUAACUAGAACCAGCAGUGUUGCUUCUAUGGAGGGUG